AUGACAAAAAUAAUAAUUUCCUACGAACCAAGAGACGACCCUAUAGGGAUUGAAAUUUCGGAUGAGAUGUCAUUACAAGAUUUGAACGCGUACAUUGAAUCCGAAACAGGGGUUCCCAAGGAAGAACAAGUUUUAUACCACAACUACAAGCGCCUCGAAGGAUGGAAUCGAACGAUUGCACAGUUAGGGAUAACUGAAGGUGAUAUUAUUGUUUUGAGCGAGCAUAAGACAAAUUCUAUCAGUGAGAGCAACAUUACUUCAGAUGACCGCAUAGAGAUGUUACGUCAACAAAUCCAUGGAGACUCUCAGCUUCGUUCUCAGAUAAGAGAACUGGAUCCCGACUUAUUCUCAAAGCUAUCCGACCCGGAAGUCUUCAGAGACAUAAUGAUUGCUAGGUUGCGAGGACGUGACGCCAACUUCAAUGUUCAAAAUGAAGAGAUGCGUAAGCUUCACCAGAAUCCCGAAGAUCCUGAGAAUCAGGCAAAAAUAUUUGAAAUGAUUCGUCAGCAGCAAAUAGAUGAAAACUUGCAAUUGGCAUACGACAUAUCCCCUGAAUCGUUUGUUCAAGUCAAUAUGUUAUACAUCAAAUUGAGAAUUAAUGGCCACGAAACAUUCGCUUUGGUUGACUCAGGGGCUCAACAGACAAUCAUUCAUCCAAAAUUGGCAGAGGAAUUCGGCAUCCUGAGGUUCUUGGACAAAAGGUAUGCUGCUAUGUCCAUCGGUAUUGGCUCUGCAAGAACUGAGGGUCGAAUUCACAGUGUUCCUGUGAGUUUGGGAGAUUCGAAUCUUGAGGUUCCUUGCUCUUUCACAGUAAUUGAGACUCAUGUUGGUAUCUUGUUUGGCUUAGAUAUGCUCAGAAGACAUAAAUGUCUUAUCGAUUUGGGGCAGGACGCUCUAUUGAUUGGAGAGCACAAAGUGGGUUUCCUCAACGAAUCAGAAAUAGCAAUGAACAUCAAGCCAUUGGAGACUUCAGUUACAAAGGACUUGAAUAUUUCAUCAAAGGGAACGAGCCUGGCGGAUUCGACAACGCGAAGACAAGAAGUUGAUUCAACGGUUGGAUCAGGGGGAUUCGCAGAGGGGGAUCUUACACAGUUAAUAUCAUUGGGUUUUACGAAACAAGAAGCAAUUGCAGCGCUUAAAGCUUCUCACGGAAAUGUUGAGCUUGCAGCUUCAUUACUUUUCCAGUGA